AUGAGUUGUCAAUUUGAUUUUACCGAAAAAGUAGUCUUGAUUACCGGUUCGAGUUCGGGUAUCGGUGAGGCCAUUGCUCAACUGUUUGCCAAAUCGGGUGCCAAUGUUGUAAUCACUGGACGUAAUGCCGACGGUGUGGCCAAAGUAGCCAAACAGUGUACAAAUGUAUCACCGAAACAGUUGACUGCACUGGAAGUGGUCGGCGAUCUGACUAACGACGAGGAUUGCGAUCGACUGAUUGAUACGACUGUCCAAACGUUUGGCAAAUUAGAUAUAUUGGUCAACAAUGCCGGCUCUGGUAUUCCCAUAGCAUUUACUGACAGGUUUUAA